CUUUCCACAGGGGGUACUUGAGGAGACUCAUGAGACCAUAGGUCUUCUGGUAAAAUGCACAUGAGGUGGUACUUCAGAGGUACUCUGGGAAGAGCAAAAUUCAGUUGGUGGUACAGUAACCAAAAAGGGGUGUUCAGCCGCGUGUAAAUAGGUUAGCUCUGUACCUUUAAGAGAAACAAUAAGCAACCCACUCUUUGCUGAAGUGAAAGUAAAGUGAAGAGACUUGGUAUCAGCAACGGAAACCCUCCUCCUCUUCCUCCUCAUCAGAAAUCUUGCUACACAACUACGCUGCGUUGUAUCUCUGUGAGAGUCUUAUUAAUCUAGGAAUCGUAAUAACAGUUAACAUCAACAUAGGUGAGUUAAAAAAACAUAAUUUACCUGGACAAGUAGUAACAUAAACGUCAUACCGUAGCAUGAUCACUUGUUAAACAUGUUUGCCUUUGGUAAAGGUAUUUUUCAAAAUUAAUUAGUAGAACGGGCUGGUACCUAUCAAAUAUUUAAAUACAAAAGAUUGGUUGGAAUCAUAAUGUCUGGCUUGCUUGACAACUCUGAAUCAUUUAUUGAGACGUUUAUUUUUAUUAUAGAGAGCCAAUUGAGUCCAGGAAAUGCUUUAUGGUUUCACCUUUGGUCUCUGUCUAGAUAUGUCCACCUCCAGCAGUCUCCUGUCUGAAGAGCAGUUGCUGUGCUCUAUCUGUCUAGAUGUGUUCACUGAGCCGGUCACCAUUUCUUGUGGACAUAACUUCUGCAAGGCCUGUAUCAGUGGAUACUGGGAUAGCAAUGACCUGUGCCAGUGUCCAUUAUGUAAGGAGAAUUUCUACAGGAAACCUGAGCUUCGUGUCAACACAGCGUUCAGAGAGGUUGUAGAGAAUUUUAAGAAGAUGAGAGUCAGAGGUAAAGAUGAAUCCCCUGCCAAACCAGGACAAGUGUCCUGUGACCUCUGCACUGGGACGAAGCUCAAGGCCCAGAAGUCCUGUCUGGUGUGUCAGACCUCUUACUGUGAGACUCACCUGGAGCCUCAUCAGAGAGUCGCAGCCUUAAAGAGACACAAGCUGAUCAACCCUGUGGAGAACCUGGAAGACAGGAUGUGUAAGAAGCAUGACAGACCUCUAGAGCUGUUCUGUAGGACUGACCAGACUUGUGUGUGUCGAUUCUGCACUGAGACAGACCACAAGACUCAUGCCACGGUCCCUCUAGAGGAAGAGUGUGGAGAGAGGAAGGCUCAGCUGAGGACGACUAAGGCAGAAGUACAGCAGAUGAUCCUGGAGAGACUGCAGAAGGUUCAGGAGAUCAAACACUCAGUAGAUCUCAGCAAGAAAGAUGCAGAAAGAGAGAUAUCAGACAGUGUGCAGGUCUUCACUGAUCUGGUGCGCUCCAUUGAGAGAAGCCAGGCUGAGCUCAUUGAGGUGAUUGAGGAGAAGCAGAGAGCAGCAGAGAGGCAGGCUGAAGGGCUCAUUAAAGAGCUGGAGCAGGAAAUCACUGAGCUAAAGAGGAGAAGCACUGAGCUGGAGCAGCUCUCACACACUGAGGACCAGCUCCACCUCCUCCAGAGCUUCCCAUCCCUGGGCACCCCUCCACCCAUCAGAGACUGGUCUGAGAUCAGUGUUCACAGUGAUCUGUGUGUGGGGACUGUGAGGAGAGCUGUAUCUCAGCUGGACGAGACACUGAAUAAAGAGAUUGAGAAGCUGCCUGAAGUCAAACUGAAGAGGAUUCAGCAGUAUGCAGUGGAUGUGACUCUGGACCCUGAUACAGCACAUCCCUAUCUCAUCAUGUCUGAGGAUAGAAAACAAGUGAAACAUGGAGAUACAAAACAGGAUCUCCCUGACUACCCAGAGAGGUUCAAUCUUGUUGUCUGUGUAUUGGGAAAGAAGGGCUUCUCCUCAGGGAGAUUUUACUAUGAGGUGAUGGUUGAAGGAAAGACUAAGUGGGAUUUAGGAGUGGCCAGAGAGUCCAUCAACAGGAAGGGGGAAAUCACACUGAGCUCUGAGGAUGGAUACUGGACUCUGUGGCUGAGGAAUGGAGAAUACGAGGCUCAUGCUGAGCCCAGUGUCCUGCUCCACCUGAGAGAGAAGCUCCAGAAGGUGGGGGUGUUUGUGGAUUAUGAGGAGGGUCAGGUCUCCUUUUAUGAUGUGGAGGCCAGGUCUCAUAUCUACUCUUUCACUGACUGCACCUUUACUGAUAAACUCUAUCCAUUGUUCUGCCCCUGUCGUAAUGAUGAUGGUGAAAACUCUACCCCUCUGAUCAUCUCUCCUGUCAAUGACGGACUGAGAUUAACCUUAAAGCAUAGUUGAUGGGCAUUCUUUGGAGGAGACUGCAGUGUAAUAUGAAUGUCACAAAUGGUUGUUUAUGUCCUUAUACUCCUUAAUGAUAUCUGGUCUCUCUCUCAUUGUUAUUAAGAAAAAUAAAAUCAGUAAAUGUAUCACCACUCCUAAAAAGUUGUAAUAAAUAAUUCCUUAAUAAAAUGCUUAUAGAAAGGGUUUCUAGGGGAUUUAUUUCCCUAAUUACAUGUAAUGCCAUAGCCUCCCUCUUUCACAGGGGACAAUGAGGAAUUCUCUCUUUCUCUCAAUGAUAUUUAUAUUAAUUAUAUCCUUCUCCUUUAAAGUAGCUUGAAUUAGGGGAACUUGAUCCUUAGUCUGGGGUUGUGGUCUCCCAUUGUGCUAGUGGUAAAUCCUUGCAUUGCUUUCCAUGUCUUUACUACUUCAUCCUGUAACUUGUGUCAGAAAUGGGAUAGUGCCUUUGUGCAAAAGGGAGAGGUGUGCUGUGGUAGUCCUGGGAGGGGACUUGAAAGAAGGUGCAUAGGCAUGCUUCCCAAAGGAGGGUGUUGCAACUAUACACCUAAUUUUCAAACGUUGCUAUGGGCACAGACACACAACGGAAGUGAUAGAUUCGACUUCUGCUUUACUUCCCUACUGCAGCGCGGCGGUGGCAACCUCGGUGGGUGACAAAAUUAUUUGAAGGAGUCAAUUUAUAGAGCAUAAAAGUCAAGUAGGCCUAAACUAGUAUAAGUGUAAUGCCAUAUUUAAUUCAUCCAAGUUCGCUAACAUUAGCUAGGCCUACUAGUUCUGUUGUGAUAACGUUAGUUGUGUCAGAGUUAAGGGCCAUCAACUAAGCCAAUAACGAUAACUAUAGGCUACAC